AAAGACAAAGGUUGCGUUAUAGCUUCCGGUCCUUCCACUCUCCUCAGCCCUGCUUCAACUAAUCAAAUCCCUGAUGAGCAGGGGGUUGCGGGAUUAGUAGCCUUUAUAAUCAGUUGUGUAGAGUAAGGUUGGAGCAAAAGCCUGCAUACCCAGUAGUAGCUGCUAUUAGCAACGCUGUUGUGUUUACACUAUAUCGUUGGUACCUUUUUGUAUUGGCAUUGAGUUGCACAAAAACAGUCCGUAGUUUAGGAAGCCGGGGGCGUUUUCAUUUCGGAGGCCGUUUAUCGUUUAAGAAGCAAACGGAGCAACACGAGCGUUUGUAUUGAAAAAAAAGUAAGGUUAGUGCCUCCCCGUUUCAUUCCGUUUGCUUUCGGAAACGUUUUGCAACAGAGAUGUGAGGGUACCUACAGCUGACUGAAGUGAAGGCCAGCAUCUCAACCAUGGGGAAGCGGUAUUACUGUGACUACUGUGACCGGUCCUUUCAGGACAACAUGCACAACAGGAAAAAACACCUAUAUGGUGUUCAACACCACAGAUCUAAAAAGGCCUGGUUUGACAAUUUCAGGGAUGCAGCAGCCAUCCUGUAUGAUGAACAAACUAAGAAACCCUGCAGGAAAUUUCUUCAGACGGGCCAGUGUGUGUUUGGCAACAACUGUAGGUUCUCUCACAUGUCAGAGAGGGACAUGGAGAACCUAAGAAUGCAGAUUGAAGAUGAAAGACGGAGCAGAGAGGACCCGGAGCACAGAGCGUCCCCUGAGCGGAGCAUAGAGGAGUGGCUCACCAGGAGAGAGAAGAAGAGAGCCGCCCUAAGCAGUGGAAGUGUUCUGAAAGAGGAAGAUGAGGAGGAUGAAGAUAAUCAACCAGAGAAUGAUAUACCGCCACAUUUCCUCACCAUUCCUGACCUUCCUCCCUCCCUUCUGCCCCCUCCCCUUGGAGGAUGGAAAGUCAAAGUCAGAACUGAAUGGGGUUGAAGGGGCAGUGAAGUUAAUGGCAGUUCUACACUGAGGUCAAAAUAACAACCUGAACUGGAAUUUCAACCUGUUCAGGUGGGGUGGAUUUUUUUUUUGGUAACUGAUCUGAUUAUUCUUACCUAUGACCAGUCAUCUUUUAUUUGUAUACGCAUCCUACUUUGAAGGGGUAAGCAGGGUAGGCUCAGAGUCAAGACGAUCCUAUCCGCCAAUCAGGGUUGUGUAUGUUAAUAUAUUUACAUUUGUAUCAACACGCCCACACAAUCAGACUGAGCAUUUCAAUGGCAAAAGGAGCCUCAGGGAAAUAAAUAUUUUCGUGAAAUAAACACACAGUCAUUUAUUAGACAUACAGUGAUUUAGAAAUACUGCAUGGGAGCUUUAAACCUGGGUCAUCAUUUUUUUUCUCAGUUUGAUGUGGUGAUGCAAGAACGGAUCAUUAAUUGCUAUUAGGGCUCAAACUUUUACUUGAUAGAAGUGAGUGAAUUUGUAACACAUUUUAAUUGAUUUUCUCCAUCACCGACUACAUUAAAAUUCAGUUGCGUGCAUGCAGA